UCUAAUCUCUCUGCAACUACUUUCCUAAUGGCUCAACGAUCUGUCAGCAUCAAGUCCACUGGUGGCAGCCGGAGUUUCAGUGCCUCCUCGGCAUCACUGCUCCCAGGCUGCCGGACCAACUUCAGCUCGGUGUCUGUCUCCCAGGGAGGGAAGAGUGGGAGCCGUCUUGGAGGCAGCUUUGGGACCAGGAGCCUCCACAACCUCGUAGGCGGCAAAAGGAUCUCUGCCAGUGGGGUAUACCACUCCAGCAGAGCUGGCUAUGGGGGUGCUAGCUGUGGUUUGGGGUAUGGGGGCAUAGGAUACAGGGUUGGGGGAUAUGGGUUUGGAGGUGGAAUGAUGUCAGGAUCUGGAGGCAUCCACGAAGUUACAGUCAAUCAGAGCCUACUGGCUCCCCUCAACCUGGAGAUUGACCCAUCCCUCCAGAAAGUUCGGAAGGAAGAAAAAGAGCAGAUCAAGACUCUCAAUAACAAAUUUGCCUCCUUCAUAGACAAGGUUCGCUUUCUGGAGCAGCAGAACAAGGUCUUGGAGACAAAAUGGAGCAUCCUCCAGGACCAUAAGACAACCAAAGCCAACAUCGAACCCUUGUUCGAAGCUUAUAUCAGCAACCUGAGGAGGCAGCUGGAGUGCCUGGGUGGAGAAAGAGGGAGGCUAGAAACUGAACUGAAGAGUAUGCAGGAUGUGGUAGAAGACUUCAAGAACAAAUACGAAGAUGAAAUCAACAGACGAACAGCAGCAGAGAAUGAGUUUGUGGUGCUCAAGAAGGAUGUGGAUGCAGCUUACAUGAACAAGGUGGAACUGGAAGCCAAGGUUGAUGCCCUGACAGAUGAAAUCAACUUUCUUAGGGCUUUCUAUGAGGCGGAGUUGGCUCAGCUUCAGGCCCAGAUAUCAGAAACUUCAGUGGUCCUGUCUAUGGACAACAACCGCAAACUAGACCUGGACAGCAUUAUUGCCGAGGUCAAAGCUCAAUAUGAAGACAUUGCCAACCGAAGUCGGGCUGAAGCAGAGUCCUGGUACCAGUCAAAGUAUGAGGAACUGCAGCUUUCUGCUGGAAGACAUGGGGACGACCUCCGUACCACUAGAAUGGAGAUCUCAGAAUUGAAUCGGAUGAUCCAGAGGCUGCGUUCUGAGAUUGACAAUUUGAAGAAGCAGUGUGCUACUCUUCAGGCCUCCAUUGCUGAUGCUGAGCAGCGUGGGGAGCUGGCCCUCAAGGACGCCCGGGCCAAGCUGGCUGAGCUGGAGGAUGCCCUGCAGAAAGCCAAACAGGACAUGGCCCGGCAGCUGAGAGAGUACCAGGAGCUGAUGAACGUCAAGCUGGCCCUGGACAUCGAGAUUGCCACCUACAGGAAGCUGCUGGAAGGAGAGGAAUGCAGACUCACUGGAGAGGGUGUUGGACCUGUGAAUAUAUCUGUGGUCACUUCUAGUGGGAGCACUGGAUAUGGUGGGAGCGGUGGCGUCUGUGUGGGCGGAGGUGGCCUCAGUAGCAGCCUCUGUUACGGAAGUGGGGUCGGAGGCUUCAGCUCCACCAGUGGUCGAAGCAUGGGGGGCAGCAGCUCCAGCAUGCGCAUCAUCUCCAAGACAUCUUCCACCAAGAAGAGCUAUCGGAGCUAAAACUUCUCUGCUUGACUGCCCCGCCCCUUCCCCAACCCACCUUCCCAACCCCAAGGCCUGAUUCUCUGCUAAAGACCAAAAAGAAAUUCCAUUUCUGCAGCCAGACAUGGUAACUAAGGGUUCAUAGGUCUUCUAAAGCCACUUUUCCUUCCUUUUGCUUCCAAGCAGGCCCCCACCAAGACCACUUCUCAGAUGAAGAAAGGUCCUUGUUUGCAAAGCCCUCCAGGGUCCAUAAGUGCCUCCUUCUGGGUCUAAUUAGCCCUUGUGGUUAAGAAGUUCUACUUUGUAUCUAGUAUGAAGCCGUCAAUGUUGCAUUUCCUCAAAUCAUUCCUCCUUGUUUCUGGGGGUGUUAGAAAUGGACUUUGGUUUCUCCAUUUUGGGGUGUCAGCAAGAAUUGGCUCCCCAGGUCCCUCUUUCCCAUCAGUUUUCCACCUCCAAAAACAGGAUUUUGGAAUAGUCAGUUUUCAAUUAUCCACAUUAAUAAGCAGAGAAGCUGACAAUUUUGCCCGAAUGUCUGGAAGACAGUAAAUGAUAUUUCAUAGCAGAUUCCAUAACCUAUUUUUUUAAUCCUUAAACUAACAAUAUAAAUGAUUUACCUUACGAAAUAUUCAUUGAUGGGGAUUGAAUACUUCCAUGGGCUGCCUGCCUGGCAUAAAACAUUUGUUAAUGCAUAAAUGGAGAAUCAAAUUGUCAUGUAUUAGGGCUCUUCCUGUUUGCAUCAUUACCUUAACAAUCUGAGGCUCCAAUAAUAAGGUUUUGAGCUAGUGAUUUCUGUUCCUUGGACAGUUUUCUUUCCUUCUUUAAAUUCUUUCUCUCUGUUUUUGUCUCUCUCUGUUGGUCUUUCUGUCUUUCAUCUUUCUUGUCAUUUUUUCUCUAACUCAAUUUCUGUCUGGAUCUUUGCUCUCCUUUUUCUCCCUUCCUCUCUACUUUUGACUUCCUCCUUCUAUCCUCUUUCUCACUGUUUGAAAGUUCAAAUUCCAUUUUCCUCUGUGCCCUGCAUGUCUCUCUUCCUUUUCUGUUCGUUCCUGGAUGACAAGUCUUUUCUUUAUUUGUUGGUAUCACCACUGCCUCUAUUGACUUGAAUUUUGAGAUGCAACCUGCAACCUAACGCUGGCCAGACUAGAAGGACUUUGAAACGAAUACACCAACUUACUCACCCCCAAGGAAGAUGUGGUCCAACAAGACCGACAAACAUAGGACUUUACAUAGGCUGGUGCUAGGCAUCACUGAAAGGUGAUGCUGUCCACCCCUCAUCCCCCACAAAAGAUUGGAAUCUAGGAAGACUAGAGAAAGGAGAAGGUUGGGAAAGUAGAACCACUUCCCAACCCUUUCUGUGAUUGGUGCUCAGAAUGAAACUUAGUUUGUACAAUGAAUUCCCAAAGAAUCAGACACCAUUCUAGUCCAAGGCCAGCACGAGAUGGAUGUAGUUCUCAAGACCAGAAGUAAGACUUUGAGUAUAUCUGCAUGUUUCCUGUUCCUCCAUUAGUACAGAUUCCAGAGAUAACUGUUAACAGAAAAAAAAAGCCAUCCCUUGUUUCAGGUCCUUCUCCUGUAACUCUCUCCUGACCCAUUUGCUUAAAGAGCUUGAAUAAAAGGCAGUCAAACUGUCUGGUUUUGACUGGA